GUCUGAGAGCCAAUUGAGCAUGCCUGGUAUUGCUUCUAAGGCACUAAAAACCAUACUUUGACAACACACUGCUUUGUAUGCCCAGAACUCUGCCUGCCUCACAAUUAAUGCAGUGAGCAAUUGUGCCAUAGGCUGUAUCUUUUCAAGAGUCAAGUUUUAUAGAAGCCUGGUCACAAUGUCGAAAUUUAAUGCAGGCACUUUAGCUCUGGGAAAGCACAAGAAAGGCACUGAAAUGUGGGGAAAACGGGAUGAAUCACCAGAUGAAGAGGAGAGGACCAAUUUUCUCAACCAGCUCCUCCUGGAUAGAGUACUUCAUGGCUCAGAGGAUACUAAAUCCCUCCUCCACAGGCUGAUCUUUCUGGCUAAGAUCUCACCAGACCUGGCUGACAAAAGGUAUUUGGCCGAGUACUGGGAACAACUAUUUCUGAAUUUGCAACGCCAGUAUUGUCAAGGAGUAGGGAUCACAGGCCUCUUGCUUCUCUAUCCUACCUACAUUAUACACAUACUAGAGUCAUCCAGUGAUGUGUUCUACUCUAUCCUACGGGAUCUGAGGGACAUGGAACAGCAAAAGAGAGUGCUAGUCCUGGAUGCUAAGAUCCUGGUAGUGUCCCACAAUCUCCCUGCUCGACUCUUCCCACAAUGGAGCUAUAAAGUGUUGAAUCUACCGGAGAGAUACCUGAACUACGAGACUUCUCACGAGGAGCCAGUGGAGGCUACCAUCUCUGAAUGCCUCACUGCACUCUUGAAACUGGGCAAACAUCUACUGAAGUAUCCCAAGAGCCCUAAGAACCUACCAAAUAAUUUCUUGGAAGAAGUCCCAGAGCUCAUUGUUUCCCAAGAUACCAUUGGUUUCCUCCUGGAAUGUCAAGAGUUAUUGAGUCCAGCUCAAUUCCUGCAUUUAUUUGAAUUUCCUCUGAACAUCCAGAUGGACUCAGACAGCAUGCAUUCUUUGUCAGAUCGGUUAAAACGUCAUCUUGAUUGGGCUGUUUUGAAGGAGGCUUUUAAGAAAAAAAUGCCUUUGUGACAUUUUUGGAACAUAGUAUUGAUAGAACUGUCAGAUUGCAUCCUUGAAAUUCCAAUACAGAAAAAUGAUCAACGUGGACUGCUUGUAAUUUUUUGAGAUAAUUGAUUUUGCUUUAAUAAAAGUUGUGUUCUCUCUUUCGGAAUUUAUAUCUCUGAUACACUCAGUUCAAAUAAACGUAGCCCUGCAUG